AUUUCUGUAUCUUCUUACAAACUUAUAACACCCCUUGUAUCCUACAAGCCUCUCUCCCCUUUCUCUCCCUGAAAAAAAAAAAAAUCAGAGAAAAUCAUUAGAAUCAUUUCAUGGCAAUUAGAUUUUCAUUUCUCGCUUUAACCAUUCCAGUGAAGGCCAACAGCAGUUCCAAGCCGAAAACCAGAGCCCAAAUACUCAGGCAUGGCCAGGCAGAGCUCGAAACUGCAGCAAUUUCAUUGAAGAAAUUCGCCAAACUCAACAAGGUAUUUGAAGACAAGGAGAGUGGUGUAAUUUGCUACAGAGAUAAGAAUGGAGAAUUAAUCUGUGAGGGGUAUGAUGAAGGACCCAGAUUAACUUGGCAGACUUCACAACGCAUCAGGAGCCAAGCUCGAAGAUAUAUAGUGGAGAGGCCGACGCUUGAACUGAAUGAAAUCAUCAAUUGGAAUCUCUGAUAAUUAUGGUUCCAGUAAAUAUACAUAUAUAUAAAUAUUGCUAGUUGUGCAACAUAAUGAAAGGGCGAUCCUUUUAUGUAUGAUACGUUCAUAUAAAUACAUAUGAGGCUUUAUUUAUGCCCAUAAGAUAUGAGAUUUGAUGAGCAUUUAUUAUGCACAGCACAAUGUGGUUUUUCUUAUAAAAGAAUGACAUACACCUUUUUAUGUA